CGCAGUGGUAGUGGCGGCCGCUUGGGAAGGAGUUGUGAAGGAUCCAAGGUUUAUAUUGAGCGCUAGUACAGCAACUGGCAUUCUUCGAAUAGAAGUGCUGGUGGCUGUAGGCAGAAUGAGGAGCAUCAGUUGUGCAAUAUUCCUGAUACUGUCGGCGGCUCUUCUUGUCGAAUGUUUUCCACGAGAACGUGACACUGAAUCAGUAGAGGAUGAUCGAGAUGACACUGCUCUGCCUUCCAUACCUGCAGUAGCUGUGCCUGCUAGUCCAGGCUUUGGAUACUUACCAAACUUUUAUGGCUUCUUCCCAGACUUUGACUUGGUUGCAAGAAUCAAAGGCCUAGUGACAAGACUGAGGUCUCAGAUUGGUAAUUCAUUUAGUGACUUCGACUGGAAUAAGGGCAACACAACAUCCACAACAAAGGUGAUUGAUGGUCAUAUUGUGACCGUUAAUGAAACAUCGAUCAAAGAUGAUGACUCAGACUUGGUGCUUCAUGUGAAAGUCAUUGAUGUAAAGCCUACAGAGGGAGCUGAAGAAGAAACUGAAGACAGUUCUGAAAUUUCAGAAACUACAUCUUCUAAGACAAGUAAUGAAGUAACGUCCUCAGCUACAAGCAGUGAGGAAUCUGUUGGCAACGAGAUCCCCAAGCAGGUGGGUGAAGAUGAUAACAUGCCCUAAUACUGUUCACAGCAAGUCCAUGUCCCUGCUGGUUGGCCAGCUGCCUGGAUGAGUGAAAUAAGACAAAGAGUAAUACUGGUCAAAUAUGUUUAAUUUUAUAAAAAAAUAGAGAAUUGUAUGUUGAUAAAAGCAGCUGAUGGUACAGGGAGAUGAACGAAUCUGCAUUUAAUCUCUUCACAUACAGUAUAUAUUAAUAGUAUCACUUUACUUAAUCUCCCCAUUCCUGUCACAUAAUGGGAAUUGGUUUUACAUUUGCAGUGUUGUCAUGGAGCAAUAAAUAAAUGUACAGAUUUGCAAGUUAACAGUUAGUAGUGACUUGCAAAUUGUCAAAUCAGAUAUGACAACUACAUGCAACUAAUUACAAUGAAUUAUCUAAUGAACUGUCUGCUCAGAAUUCUGUCCUUCAGCAAGACUAAUAACAAAACACAUCUCUGUAAUAAAUUAGAACCUGCAGUCAUUGCCGUGCAAUAUUAAAAAUACAGACAGGUCAAAAAAAAUAUUUUAGCAUUUACAUUUUGGAACAAUAUGAUGUAACUUAAUUUGUGAAUAAAUUAUUCUUCCAUUCAUUUUCAAAGAAGAAAAAUAUAUGGGUUUAAAUAUAUAUGUAUGUUGUAAGAAUUUUUCAUUAUUGAGGAAAUAAACAGUGUUAUGUGGCAUGCCUUGAUCUUACGUGUGUGCAUAUAUGUCCAUUUAGCUAAUUCAUUACAGACAUGUGUUACAGUUCACACUCUACUCCUGUAAAUUACAGAUGUGGCUGUAA